GUACGGCGGUGUGGCGGCGCGCUUUGCGGCGGCGAUGGCGGCCCGGUUCAGCGGGGUGCUGCAGCUCACGGAUCUCGACGAUUUCAUCGCGCCCUCACAGGAAUGCAUCAAGCCUGUAAAAGUGGACAAAAAGCCUGGAAAAGCAGCAGCAAAGAUCAAAAUCGAAGCCGAUGGAAGCUAUUUCCAGGUCGAUCAGGAUGGGGAAGCCCAGAAGCUGGAAAAGGCUAAAAUCACCCUGAACGAUUGCCUGGCCUGCAGUGGCUGCAUCACCUCAGCUGAGAGUGUUCUGGUCAGCCAGCAGAGCCACGGGGAGCUCUGCAAAGUGCUGGCUCUCAACAAGGCUGCUGCUGCAAACGAGCAGAAACUGGUGGUGGUUUCUGUGUCACCCCAAUCCAGAGCUUCCCUGGCUGCCAGGUGCAAAAUGGGCGUUCUGGAGACUGCCAAGAAGCUGACCACGUUCCUGAAGGGUUUAGGUGUGCACUACGUGUUUGACACAACUUUCUCCAGAAACUUCAGCCUCCUGGAGAGCCAGCGAGAGUUUGUGAAACGCUUCCAGAAACAAUCCGAGGACAAAAAGGCUCUGCCRAUGCUGGCUUCUGCCUGCCCAGGCUGGAUCUGCUACGCAGAGAAAACCCACGGCAGCUUCAUCAUUCCCUACAUCAGCACCACCAAAUCUCCCCAGCAGGUCAUGGGCUCCUUGGUUAAAGGCUACUUUGCAGAGCAGCAGCACCUAMCCCCUGACAGGAUCUACCACGUCACGGUGAUGCCCUGUUAUGACAAAAAGCUGGAGGCCUCCAGGCCAGAYUUUUUCAACCAGAAGUACCAAACCAGGGAUGUGGAUUGUGUCAUCACCACAGGAGAAGUGCUGAAGCUGUUGGAACAAGAAGGAGUGUCCCUGUCAGAUGUAGAUCCUGCUCCCCUGGAUACCAUGCUGAGCAGUGCUGCAGCAGAGGAGCUCAGCACCCACUCUGGAGGAGGCUCAGGGGGGUACCUGGAGCACAUUUACCGGCACGCAGCCAAGGAGCUCUUCGGAAUCCACGUGGACACCAUCGAGUACAAACCUCUCAAGAACAAGGACUUCCAGGAGGUGACCCUGGAGAAGGAUGGAGUGGUCCUGCUCCAGUUUGCUCUGGCCUAUGGAUUUAGRAACAUCCAGAACCUGGUGCAGAAGYUGAAGCGAGGGAAGUGCCCCUAUCACUACGUGGAGGUCAUGGCCUGUCCCUCAGGCUGUUUGAAUGGAGGAGGGCAGAUCAAGCUGGCGGGAGAAUCCAGCAAGGAGGAGCUGCAGCAGGUGGAGAGGUUGUAUGAAUCCCUCAAAACUGAGAUUCCAGAGGAAAACCCAGCUGUGGGGGAACUCUACGAGCACUGGCUGGGAGGCUGGAGCUCAGAGAAGGCUCUGGAAGUGCUGCACACGGAAUACCACGCUGUGGAGAAGGCAAGCACAGCACUGAACAUCAAGUGGUAAAGGCUGUCUGGCCCAGAGACUGACACUCAGUGCCUUCUGAACUCCCAGGGAGGAUUCUCCCAGGGCAGCUGGAGUUCUGUGCAAUUCCUGCCUCUGGGAAUGUGUGUGCAGACUGGCAGUGCUCAUCCCUUCAGCCUCAGGAUGAAGGGWUGGGAAUAAACCCCAAACUCGUGACAGGAAAUGCACCAAGAGAGGCAGAAAUGCAUCCCAGGCUGGAAGGACUGACCYUGCACUGCCCAAUUCCUGCCAGAACUGAGGAAUUCCAGGAUUUCAAGCUCAUCUCCAGGCUGAGCUUUGUGCUACACCCCAGUGCUCCUCACCCAGGCACAGCACUCRAGGUUCAUGGCUGCCUCUGCUGGAAUAUCCUCAUUCCAUGGGAAAUGGGCUCAGGAGGCCUGGAGUUCCUAUAUUUCACUGCCCUGCAGGGCCUGGGAUCCAGCCCUGGGGCAGGAUUAGUGCCUGGAAUGGGACUGGAGUGAAUGCUGGAGGAAAACCUUGUGAUUGCUUUUCCUUAAAUUAUAAUAAUUUAUACCAAGGGCAGUUACAUCUCUCUCAUUUUUUCCUAAAUAAACAAUAGGGAGUCAUGGAAUUGUCACACUUACCCAUCCUCCACAGCCACUUACUGAUAAGGGAUAAUAUCCCCAAAUCCAGACAAAACUUGCAGUUACCAAUGGAUAACAUCCUUAAACGAUGAUAAAAUAAUUCCUGACCUUGGGCUGCCAGGAACCAAAGCCUCCUCUGCACUUUAUUCCAAUGAAUCCACAGUGUCAGUGAUGAUUUUCAUGUUUUUAAUUAAAAGCUUCCCAUUUUUCAGGUGUUGCUGAUCAUUAAUGACCUCACAGUGUUCUAAGGCAUAAAAUCUUCCCCUGCUCCCCCCUCCCCACCCUCCUGAGGAGCAAAAUCGGUGCUUCCAGUGAAUUCCCUUUUCCAUGCAGGAAUUUGUAACACCCGGGGUUUGGCUGAACCAGAAAAAAACCUGGACAGGGAGAGGCUCCAGCCUGGAAUGCUGAGAGCACAGAUCAGUGCAGAGAACAGUGUCUGCUGAGCACAUGCACAUCAGCCCAGAAAUGCACAAUAAUUAAGCGAAAUUAGCUGGAAAUUAAAUAAUCAAAGCACUACAUUUUGUCCCUUCUCCAGUUCCCAGGUCACCCACACACACAGGUCACUGGAGGCACCCAGGACAUUCCUGCUCUGGGCAUUCUGGGUGGCUCUUCCUGCCCUGGCACCAGGAACAGCUGGAAUUUCUCCUGGCUUUGAGCUGUGGAGCAGGCUCAGGGCCAGUUCACAGGAGCAUUCCUGCUCCCAGGAUAAACAAAA